UCCUCGCUCCCUCUGUAUAACAUUCUCUUCUUUGUCCUCUCUGACUCUGUAUAUAACACCCUCUCCUUCCUCAUCGCUCCCGCUAUGUAACACCUUCCUUCUCGCUCCCUCCGUAAUUGAUACAAACAAUAUGGCAGCAGGAAUACUGAUGACAACAGAAGAUAUGCAAUUGUUGGUGUAACAGCGUGGAAUGUGAAAGUCUAUGGCAAAGUCUGUGACGUGGGUAACAAUCGAUCAGGGGACCGAUGUAUCGGUAUGGGAACUGAUGAUUCCUGGAUUGUGGAGCACAGCAGGGAUGAUGGUGGGAAUAGUGAGCCAGCUAAACCUUAUUACUGGGAGAGGGCUGGUAUAAAGGAGUGACCUGCCCCAGAUGCAUAUAACUAAGGACUGAUCCCACAACAGGAAUAAGCACUGUGUCACUGGACAAGGCAGGACCAGCACUACAGCCAUGCUCGUAUUGUAUAUCCUAUCCUUGUUAACUAGUCAAGCUUGCUUAUCUCCUGUGACAAAAGAUGCCUUAUUUCAGUAUAUUGACGAUCACCAGAAUGAAUAUAUUCAGAGAUUGAAAGAUUGGAUAGCAGUAGAAAGUGACUCCAGUGAUCCAUUGAAGAGGAACCAGGUGCUACAUAUGAUGGAGGUUACUAAGGACUACAUCUUGGAGUUGGGUGGAAAGGUAGAGAUGGCAGACCUUGGUGAACAAGAGUUUUCAUCUGGAACAAAACUCCCUCUGCCACCGGUCAUUCUUGCAGAAUUUGGAAAUGACACAAACAAACCUACUGUCUGUUUCUAUGGACACAUGGAUGUACAGCCUGCAAGGAAGGAAGAUGGAUGGACAACAGAGCCAUACACCCUCAUAGAGAAGCAUGGUAACCUGUAUGGCAGAGGUGCCUCUGAUGACAAGGGACAAGUUCUGGCUUUGCUGCAUGCAUUGGAAUCGGUUAAGAAAAUUGGCCUGCCAGUAAAUGUGAAGCUUUUAAUUGAAGGAAUGGAAGAAGUAGGAUCCAAUGGUCUCGAGCAACUUGUUGAGGAGAAAAAGAACACUUUCUUUUCUAAUGUUGACUACAUUGUUGUAACUGAUACUCCAUGGCUUAGCAAAAAACCAGGCAUCACAUAUGGAGCUAGAGGAAACUGCUACUUCUUCAUAGAGGUGACGGGUGCAAGGAGAGACCUUCACUCAGGAGGUUUUGGAGGAACAGUGUAUGAGGCUAUGAGUGACCUAAUAUACUUACUUGGCGUACUUGUGGAUGUCAAUGGUGAUAUCCUGAUUCCAGGUAUAUAUGACGAUGUAUUACCUCUGAGCGAAAAAGAAAAAGAUUUAUACAGAGUUCUCCAGUUUAACCUAGAUGAGCUGCAGGCUGACACUGGAGUACAGGAGUUUCUCCACCACGGAAAGGAAGAGUUACUUAUGCACAGAUGGCGAUUUCCUUCUUUAUCAAUCCAUGGUAUUGAAGGAGCCUUUUCUGGAUCUGGAACAAAAACUGUUAUUCCGGCAAGAGUUGUCGGAAAAUUUUCAAUUCGACAAGUUCCUAAUAUGAAACCAUCAGUUGUGGAGAAACAGGUUUCAGAUUACCUGGAAAAGAAAUUUUUAGAACGCAAGAGUCCUAAUAAAAUGAAAGUAACCAUGGUCAUCGGAGCACAGCCCUGGCUAGCGAAUAUGAGUGAUCCCCAAUAUCUGGCUGCAAGGAAAGCUGUGGAAAGAGUGUUCAACAUUGAUGCAGACAUGAUCCGUGCGGGGGGAACAAUUCCAAUAGCUAAAAAUUUUGAGGACGUUUUAGGGAAAAGUGUCAUGUUACUUGGUAUUGGUGGACCAGAUGACGCUCCGCAUGGACAGAAUGAGAAGAUCAGCAAGUACAAUUACAUUGAAGGAACAAAAUUGUAUGCUGCUUUUAUGCAAGAACUUGCAGCUUUCUGAACAUGGUGCACCAAUAUAAAUUUCAAAUCUCUAAGUUAAGAUAUGAUGUAUUAAAAAGGGUUCUUUAAUAUUAAUAUUUAUACAAAGGUGACAUAUUAGCUAUUGUACUAAAAUAAUUUUUUUUAGAUUAUCUACAUAGAUUUUGGUGUGAAUCACUUUUGGAAGACGUCAGUAUUAUUACAGUACUACAGAUAUAACUUGUUUUAAUAUGUUUUAAGAAAAUAUUUUAAUUGCAGUGUUAAUAGCUCAAGUCCUAAUCUAAGAAACACAACACCACCACAAGAGUUGUAACCCUUAAAUACCUUCCAACGAACAUUCAAUUGCACUUUCAGAAAGUGUAUUGAUGGCACUGGCCUAUGAUAGCUUUUCAGUUUAAUGUUGUUAGAUCUUCAAAAUAUCAUGUGACUUAAUGUAUGCAUGUGUGUGAAGACAAAUAAAUAAAUUAAAUUUUGCAUGUAGAAUAUUAAA